AUGAUCGCCAUCGUCUGGAUCUUCUACUACGGCUCGCAACCACAAGCCAGCCACCGCGCCUUCGUCGACUCCUACGCCCUGCACAAGGAGCACCCCGGCUCGCGCUCCUCCCGCCCCAUCUCCAACGGUUACACCAACCGGCCCGAAACCCAAACCGCCAACAUCCCGCCGCAAAUGUACACAUCCGCCCAACUAAACGGUUUCGAAACCUCGUCGCCCGUCUCCGGCUACCCCGGCGGUCCCGUCGGCGCAAACGGCCGCAACAGCUCAGCCCCCCAGUUCGGCGGCAUGAACAACAACGUGUCGACACCCACAAACGACGACGCAAACAACCAGCAAGAAGCUUCUAUCGAGUACCCGUACCGCGCCAAGGCCAUCUACAGCUACGAAGCCAACCCGGAUGACGCGAAUGAGAUCAGCUUCCAAAAACACGACAUCCUCGAAGUCUCGGACGUCAGCGGACGGUGGUGGCAGGCCAAGAAACCAAAUGGCGAGACGGGUAUCGCGCCCAGCAACUAUCUCAUCUUGUUAUAA